UGACCACCAUUACUGAGCCUUAUAGAGAGAAUUGUCAGACCACUGAAGCACAACUUCUGUUGAAGAAUUGGUGGCAAAUACAAUUUAAUGUGCACAAACCAUCAAUAGCAGCCGAGAUGGAUCAUUUAUUGGCAGCCUCCCCUCCCUCCUCUAUCUGGCAUCAUGGUAUAGAAGUUUACAACAAAAGCAACAGCCAUGUCCUGCCCACUGACAGUGGAGCAAAUCAGCCACUGUAGGCGAGGUUCUGAUAUUGACCUUGAGGCAAUAUUUCAAGGACAAAUAUCUGGCAAAAGACUCCAAGGAGUGAAAAGUAAUCCUAUAUAUCAUGAAAAACAAAAAAGCGCUGAAACAGCUGAAGUGUCAGAAAAUGAUUUUAACAUCACUGUAUACAACAGUUUUCCUUUAAAAAGGCAGAGAAAUGUAGAUUUUGGAGACCCACCUUUCUUACCUUCUGGAGAAGAAAACCCAAACUUCACCGGCUCUGUUGUCAGGGUAACAGUUUCAGGCCAGGAGAAAGAUAUGCAACGAGAAAGUUUGAAAGUGACAAAUGGCGAAGUUGUCGUUGGUGAUAUAAUUUUAGAAACAGAUUAUAGGAACACUUCUCUAAAUGAGGAAGAUGUUAUAUUGGAAUUGGAGAAAAUGGCAAAGGAAGAGAACUUGCACAGCGAUUCUGUCGCCAGUGAUAAUAACAAUGUCUUGAGCUUGGACCAGAAAAAGCAAGCAGCAUUGUUAAAGCAGGAACUGGAUGAAAUAAAGCAAGAAAGUGUCAAGGGUGUGAUUGAAUCUGAGAGAAAUGGAAAACACUUAUGGGGAAAAAAUAAGACUUUAACCAAUGGGAAUGCAACAGUAUUGAAUGGAAGUUUAAAGACAGGAGAGAGAAACUCUGAUUGGCCAAAUAUUGAUGAUUUGGUUGUAUCCAAAGAAACAGAAUUCUGUGAAACAGUGCAAUGUAAAAGUGAGCAUCUUAGCGAGUCUGUUCCCCUUGGGAAAGAGAAUGGAACUUUACCUCAGGAAAAACGGAGUAGUGUUUUAACCAAUGGGAAAACAGACUCAAAUGGACUCCACAAUGGGAAAAUUCCAAAUGGAAACUUAAAACAUGAUGAAGUUGGCCAUCUGGAUGAACAGAAUGAAUCCAAAAAAUCAAAGAAAUCCAAGAAAAACUCAAGCAAGAAAAAAGUUAAAGAAAGGAAGAAUUCUCUGCCAGACCAUAUCUUGAACUCUCUUGCUAUGAAACCUAAAAAGCCUAUCUUAAUUCCUACAUGUUCUGAUGCAAGUUCAAGUGCAUACUCUGAUGCAAAUCACUUAAACUCUUCUAUUACAGAGCAGAAAAGUGUCAAAUUUUCUGAUGACACAGUGUUCAAUGAAAACAAGCCAAAUAAAUAUCGCAAAGAGAAAAAGAAUGGGACAGCCAAUUCUAAUCCAGUGUUUGUGGAUGAUAAUGGAUUUGAAAUCAGUUUGACAGAUGAUGAAAAAGUCCUGCAUUUUUCUAACAGUAGUGACACCAAUAGUCAGCUGAGUGAGCUGAAUAUCCCAGGUUACAUGAAGGAGUAUGUGAUAGGGUCAGGUGAUCUUCCACCUGUCUCAACACGGACAUCAUUAUCUCGAGCCAAACUACAGGGAAUAGAGGACAUUGAAAACAUCACAACUGAUGCCACCUACAAAGAUAUGGAUCGUGAGUUGGCCAAGAAACAUCGCAACAAAGUAAUUCGCCUGGUGCUUGCUUGUUUUGUUUUUCUAGCUGUCAUUGGUGUGGUUGUCCUACUGGUGGUGUACUUUGGUAAACCACAAUCCAAAAGUUGACACAAAACUCCAACUUGUUACUUGUUAUCUUGUUACUGUAAUUGUCAAAAAACCGGAUUUCAUGGGGUAUUAUAUGAUGUAUAUAAAACUGUUAUGUAUUACAUGUACAUGUCUCUUUUUGUAUUUAUAUAUGUGGUUCAUAUCUGUUUUCAUAGUUUAAACAGACUUAGAAAUGCAUGUUUGCAUUUUUUAAAGCUGUGAACCAUGCAAUCAGGUGGAUCAGGACUUAUGAUAUUAUAUUAUUUGUGCAUCAUCUGGUGUGUAGCAAUCCAUUUUUUAUUUAAGUGGUAAAUUUUGAAGUAAAUAAAAUAUCUCUUUGGUAGUAUCAUCAACUAUUGUCAAAGUUUGCAAAUUUAAUUCCUGUAAAUAAAUUGGAAAAAAUAGUGAUUGUUUCAUCUCAAGCAAAGUUCAAAAAGCAGAUACAUGUAUAUACACCGGUAAGAGAGAGAUCAUCCAUAAGAAUGAUAUACUUAAAAUAUAUUCUUGAGAAAUUGCUGCCUUUGAGGGAGUGUUUAUUUCCUUGCAUAUAUGGAACAAAAACAACCCUAAAUAUCUUGAGGAAAACUGGUAAGAAAAAUCACAUUUUUAUGCCCUGCCAUGAAUAUGACCAGUGCAUGUACUGUUUGAGAUGUCCGUCUUCUGUCCUUCCAUCACGUUGCGUUUACCUCAGUUUUAAAGAAACUGUUCAUUGAUGUUUUAAGCAAAAUUCAUACACAGUGGCAUAAUUUUCUGACCUUGACCUUCCCAGUGACCUUGACCUCACUAAUACCCUAUUUUAUGUUUACUUUCAAAGUAACUUUUCAAUAUGGUUUUAUCAAAAUUCUUACACUGAUACAUAUUAGAAAGAGCUAUUCAAAUGUUGCAAAAUUUUCUGCCUUUAACCUUCCCUUUGACCCUUGACCAAACUAUUUGUCAUUUUGCAUAUUUGUUUGAAAUAUUCAAAUUGUUGUUCAAGAUGUUUCAUCAAACUUCAUACAAAGCUACAAAUAAAUAAAAGCUAUUCAACUGUGUCAUAAUUUUCUGACCUCGACUAUGACCUUGACCUCACUAUUCCUUAUUUUGCUUUAUCUUAGUUUCAAAGAAACUGUACAAGAUGUUUUCAUCAGACUUUGUAUACUGUUUGUAUAAGCUUGUCGAAUUUUUUUUAUCUUGACCUUUCUUCUGACCUUGACCUCACAAUUCCUUAUUUUGCAUUUAUUUAAGUUUCAAAGAAACUGCACAAGAUAUUUUCAUCAAACUUUGUAUAUUGUUUACAUAAGUUUGUCAAAAUUUUUUUACCUAGACCUUUCCUACAACCUUGAAUUUUACAUUUUGUUCCUAUUUUGCUCUCAGUUCAUCUUAUUUUAUUCCAUAAAGGAGUACUUCAAAACCACCAUACAUUGAAAAAUCUCUGUAAGAGCAUUUUAACUAUACAUAAUCUUAAGAGAUCAUAUAUAAAUUUAUGGUAAUAACCUUGAAACAAUGAGGAUUUAUUAAGCUGUAAGAUUAUAGAUGGGAUGAAUCAAUCUCAGACCAAAAAAGGAAGGUACAUUUCUCUUUUACUGUUGCAAUACAAAUGUACCUUGGGCAGGGCAUUCAUGUCCUAUAAACAUUUUUCUAGUUUAUUUAUUUUAAGGGCAUCAAUAUGUUAUAGUCUCCCACUUGCAAAAUAUUUUAAAAGACAUCAUUUUGAAUCUUGAUACAUAUUAUCUGGUAUUUUAUGCACACACUUCUAUUUCUUUUAAUUCUUUUUUGUUGAUGUAUAAAGAAUUUCUGUGAUAAUCAAGUCUUUCAGAUUAAGAAGGUACAUAUCAAGCAGAUUGCACUGUUUGGUAAGAUAUUUAUACUGCAAAUUAAAUGUAAAUGGAACUAUCCCUACAAUUAAGAAAAAAAAAUUAAACCCAUUUUGAAUUUUCCUGACUUUUUAAAAAGAAAUAAUUGUGGAAGCAAAAGGAAACCUAUAAAUUUGUGUCUCUCAGUGAUCUCUGGAGACCAGUAUGCAUCAUUAUUUAGCAAAACGAGAGUAAAUUGUGUACUUAUUUGGCUAAAUUGCUUCUAAGAACAAAAUCGGUUAAGGAAUUCAUUUGCAGUAUGAAACUUAUUCUGUGUCUUUUUCCUAAUUAAUGUAUAAUUCAGUGCUGGUGUUUUAGAUGAUUGAUGUAAGGCAUUUAACCACUUUACACAGGAUGCAAUAUUUGUAAAAAGUUUUAUUCUUAAUGAUACUGUUUUGUUGUGUAAUCUUAGGCCUUAACAGAAACCCAGGAUUACCAGCUUUUAAAAAUGGUCACAAGAUACUAAUGAUUGAGAUGCUUAUGAACAAAUACUGAACUUUUCUUUCAUUGGAAAAAUCAACAAAAGAGAUUAUGGGUUUGUAAAAGAUUAAAUGGUGUAAUGCAGUAUAUUUGUUCAUGCAUUGGUAAAAUGUCAUUAAUCCGUCUGCAGCUGUCUGAAAUCAAAGUUAUCAAACUAAAGCCAGCAUAAGACAUAUCUAUUUUUUGUAGCCAUGGCAACUCUAAAACUGAUAUAUAUACAAAUUAUGAGCCACAAUAUACAUGUAGUUUACUUGUAUACCAAGUUUUAUUGAAAAUGGACAAAAACUGAAGGAGUAGCAUUUUAAAAAAUAUUGUUUACUGACAAACAAUAAAACUUUGUGCAAGUUAAGAAAUAAUCCUGUAAAUGCAAGAGUAACAAACAGGUUACAAGUACAGGUGCAAUGUUUCUCUUCCACUGUCAUACAAAGAACAAUAGGUAGAGCUACAGUCUCGUCAGAUACUUAAGGUCAUGUAAACUGUCUAUAUCAGAUCAAGAUGAGACCAAUGAGCAAACAUCAAUCACUUGUAUCUUACUGUUUUCAUUUUACACCAUAGUGUCUUCAUUUAACAAAAAAACUGUUGCACUUCAAUGAAAAAGAUUAUUGAUAUACAAAAGUAAAUUUUCAUGCAUGAAUGAUAUUACUCUGAAUUGCAACCCAUAUUAAUUUACUGCUAUUUUUUUAUACAGGAAAUUUUGAAUUCAGUGAGUUUAAUGUACAUGUAAUAUAUAUGUAACAUAUCUACCAGUAGAUAGAAUCUUGUUUCACUAAGCCAUAUGUGUCUUUUUGGAUAACAAUGUGGAGUUACGUGUGCCCUACACAUCGGAUUCAAAAUAUUGUGCAAAUGUGUUAAUGAUGUCAUGCAUUAUAGUGAGUGUUACUGUAAGAUUUUUUAAAAUAUUCUGCCUCAUAAAUAGGUGCUAAUGCAAUUAUUUUGUUGACUUUGUACAAACUGCAUAAUGUUCAGGUUUUUAUGUCACGUUUUAGAAAAAUGUCAUUAAACAAGGUUUUCUGUCAAUUUGAAACACCUUUGAGAUGUGUAUAAUUGUCUGUAUCUUUAUUAUGUAUACAAUUUUAUUUGACGUGUAAAUCCAAAAGAAGUUUCAUUUAUAAAUUAUAUAUACAUGUUCUUUUUUAACCUGUUCAAUGUUAAAUAAAUUUAAUGAAAAA